CUCGUCCCUGAUCCACUUUUGGCAAUUCUACGAUCCUCUAACAACAUGUUUCAACGUCUUCUAGUCAUCUUGCUAAGUCCUUGGCGAUUUAUGAUGCUUUGGAUCUUCAGCCUCGUCACCCCGCGCGACCGCACGCCUCCCAUCCCUUCCAGUAGUGCUAUUCUCAUCGUUCAGUGCUGGAGGCUGUAUGGGCCGAGAAGGGCACACGAAGAUCGACAAGAUAGUAGUAAGUUACUGGUGCUCAGUAAUGGAACAUCUCCAUUGCCCAACACAGUGUGACUAGGGUUUUGUUGCAGAGCUAUCGAAGGGCAGGCCGCAGGUGUGCUCACUCUGAAAGUUAUACACGAUUGGAAGCC